AGGUAUUUAAAAUGUCCCCCGUGGUCCAGUAACGAGUUCCUAUAAGGAGAGAUGUUUAUCGAUGUCUCUGUACCCAAUACGUGUUAACUUUGAGUUAUUUAAACGAUACGGUUAAGUGAAUCUCAUGCAUCCAACGAACCCGGAAGUGUCACCUGUGUGUCGGCUCAUGUGUCGGCUCACAUGUCGUCUGGGUGUCAGAGUGAUCAAGAGAGGAAGAAGAGGCAGCAGGACCCCGGUCUAACACACACACACACACACACACACACACACACACAGACGGAGAGGAAGAUGGAAUACAGUCCUGUUGGUGAGGGUCUCGGGAUGCGCGAGUACUGGCUGUACGCGUGCAUGCGCAAAAUCGCUCUCGUGACCGCGCAUUGUGUCGCUCUUGGCUUCACCGCGCUGAUCGGCGUCCUGUCCAGACCGGGAACAAGUCUUUUUUCUUGGCACCCGCUCUGCAUGUCACUCGGGUUCUGUCUGUGCAUGACAGAGGGGAUCCUGCUCUUCUCGACUGAGGGAUCUCCAUGCUGCUUCAAGUCUCGUAAAGGAAAGGUCCGCACACACUGGGUGGUGCAGGUGCUGCUGCUGCUUUUUGCAGCCAUGGGCCUCGGUUUCAUGGUGGCGAGUAAGAGGAAGUCGGAGCACCCCCACCUGGACACUUGGCACAGCCUGCUGGGGGUCGGGACGCUGGUGGUCACCGUGCUGCAGGCGGCCUGUGGCGUGUGCCUGCUCUUCCCCAAGCUCAUCCACAAUGUUUCUGUGCCCCGGCUGCGGCUCUACCACGCCACCUGCGGCCUCGUGGCCUACCUGUUGGCCACAGUCACCGUCACCGCGGCCUUAUUCAGCGACUGGUUCCAGGCCACCGUCAAGGGGCCUAUUUGGUACGCCUUCCUAAUCCUCCCUCCCUUCCCUGCGCUAGUGGUGAUGAACCAAAUCACAAACACCUUCCUGCCUAAGAAGAAGCUAACGAUAUAAACAAGCGCACGGCAAACACAAACUGACACAAUACAAGUUGGACAUUUGCUGCCUUUUAAGAGUUCCAAAAUGAUCAGCAUCACUCAUGUGGUCUUCUUACAACUUGAUUUCACAAACUGUGAUGCAACGUUGAGGGUUUCCGACAUGGCGGAACUCAGAGCUAAAUGUAAUUACAGUGUAAUUUUAAAUGAACUGAGAUUUUUCUUAACACUUCCAGUUAUCACCGUGCCUCGACACUGUCUGUAUCAAACACUUAACAACUAGGAGCAAGCUAAAUGAGCUAACUCUUAACUUCAGUCAGCCACUUAUGCUUGUCAUCCGUAUUCCUCUGUCAUGUUAAACCCAAAUAUUUAUAUUUUAUUUAAAGACGCUGUACGUAAAAGCAGCUGCACUUAAAACGUGACAUCUGUGAAAUUGCACAUUUUGUUAUUAUAAUAUAUUAAGAUGUAAUCUUAUACUUUUGCGUGUUUGCUUCAAGGACUUUGAGAAGUACGUUUGUGGAUGGAAUAACGUGUGUACGUCUGAAACUUAACAGCUGUAUUAUGCUUCAACUUAUCACUUAUUGUCAAUAUUAACUUUAUGAUCAUUUCCUAACCUUUUUACUACGGUAUUUCACAGAAAGGAAUUUUAACCACAUGCUACACUUCGCUUUGUUGAGUUUUCUUAACGUUUAUGGUGCUCUCGAGUGCGAAGCAGGAACGUUAUCCUCUAUAUGCAUGCUGUGAGUAUGUCAGUGUUUCUGAGGACCAUCUGAGGUAAAUGUUGCCCUGUUUUUUUUUCUUUCUGGUAACGAUAGCCGUGUGGUGUGACCUUUACAAUAGCGCCUGUCUCCAGUUAGCAAUAAUGCUCUAAACGUGCACAAAAAGGGGAAGAACGAUGAAAUUAUUCUGUAAUGUCUGUUACAAUAAUAAUGCAUAAAUAUAGGCCUUUUUGUCAUGGUUACGUUCUAAGUCGCCUGUACAUAUAUAGAGCUCAGAGAACCUAUGGAAUUCCACGUUAACACGUGUAGAAACACGUACGUGCACAGUACACAUGCAAGCCUAUACGUACAUCAUCACGGACCAUAACGGAGACCCCUGAGGUGCUUUACACGAUUCAGCUUGAUGUUACACACUAAAAGGAAUCACAACACAAAAACCCCUGUUACUGUGUUUAGAUAUUUAGGCAUUAACCGCUCAAAUAAAGGUCAACUUUGUGUUUGCUGAACUGGAUGUUCAUACUAAAGGACACUACUGUACAUGUGAAGCCGAUUUCUACUAGGAUGAAAACACUUUCUGGCACAAAGAUUUCCUAAAACUACCUUAAUAUACUGAUACGUCAUUAAGCAGCUGAUCUCUGACCGGAGGGUUUUAUACACCAGCCUGCUGUGGUUGUUGGUUUGUAACUUUUUAAAGUGCAGUUUUCAGUCUUGGGCUCAGCUGCCUUGGGUGUCAUAAGCUCAUGUUGGAGUUUGUUCGAUGACCUCUCAGAGGACGAGUCAACGCCAGCGUAGGCUUUACGGUCAGAACUUACACUGCAAUGAGAGAUUUUAAAGAAUAUAAUAUGCACUUUCAGGAUUAGGGAUUAAAGGGUUAAAUCAUGGUGAUGGUUUGUAUAAAUGUACAGCAGCAAUAAAGUACUGUUUCAAAAUA